UGUCCUCUCCAUCUGAGGUGGCUCUAAUGACUGGUUACGCUGCAUGGCAAAUAUCAAUGGUGCAUUUUCUCCUCCACGCCACCGUGGCGCUGUGCUUGACUUUGAACACACCUUCUCCUGUGGAGCGAAUGUGCUUUGCUUCAUGCCAAGGUAUCUAAUCUGCAUUCGCCACCAUCAUCAAGACAAGAAAAUGGAGGCCAGAGCGUAGGCUGCGCAAUAUAAAUGCUAUCAAACAUGUAUCACUAAAAGAAGAGUUCCAGUCUUCAUCGCUGAUGUAAACAGAACCAACAUCAGUUUCAGAAGUCAAAGAUCAAAAAGACCAAGGUGAUGUUGAAGAUAAAGUAGAGGACCCUGAAAAAUCCACCAAGCUCUCUUGUGAGUUUAAGAAGGCUUGGGGCUUUCGUUGGACUACCAUUGGUAAGAGGGAAAUCCCCGGAGAGAUGGCUGCAGAGGGCAAAGGUGCCCCGGUGCGUCGCAGCGGUAGGCAGGCUAAGCGCACGGAUAAACUGGAAGAAUUUCUGGUCACUGUAAAGCGUGGAAGAGGAACGGGAAGAAGGAGUGGUCCCUCACGGCUUGAGGGAGGUGAUCCUCCAUCUCAAACACCAACCGAUGCCGAAACGGCCUCCAAAGCUAGCUUUGAUGGGAACGCUGAGGCCAAAACGGAGGAACAGAGAGUGGCCUCACCAGAGAGGACAAGGAGAGCGGUCAAGCCUAAAGCAGGUGGUGAUUCACAAAGUGACAACGGCAGCUCUGAAAACGAGGGCGGCGCUGGAGGCAAAGUAACAAAAAAGACUCAAGAAAAUGUUGAGACUCGGGCCAGUGUUGAAGAUGUAAAAGAUGAGGAAUCUAAAGAUGAAGAACAUGCGAUGGAUGUGAAGAAAGCGGAAGAUGGGGAGAAGGGUAAGAGCAAAGAGAAGUCUUCAAACGAGUUCAUAAAUGGACAUCCUACCAGGUCAGUCAUUGAAGACUUUAAAAGUGACACUAAACCCAAAUCAGAAGCAAAGCUCCACAAAGAAGAUGAUGUUGAUGAUGUAAGGUCAUCGUCCAGUGAAUACCACAGUGACGGCUAUGACCCUAAUGCACUAUAUUGCAUCUGCAGGCAGAAACACAACAAGAGGUUCAUGAUCUGCUGUGAUCGCUGUGAGGAGUGGUUUCAUGGAGACUGUGUUGGUAUCACUGAGGCGCGAGGCCGACUGAUGGAGAGAAAUGGAGAGGACUAUGUCUGUUCUAACUGCAACACACAGAAGGGACAGAUUCCCAAGGCCAAUGCAUCCUCUGCAGCUGCAGAUAAUGGCAAAUGGUCAGUAGUUGGCCCUUGUAAAACCGAGUCCAGUCCUACAUCAACUACUGCUGCAGCUACUACAGAGGAGAAAGCUGCUGAUGACCUGGGCAUUAAGGGCAGGAUCGAGAAGGCUACCAAUCCCAGUGGGAAAAAGAAAAUAAAGAUUUUCCAGCCGGUGACUGCAGCCGAGGAGUCUUCUCUCCCAAAGUGCAUCGGCCCUGGAUGUGAGAGAGAUGCCCUUCUCGACACCGUCUAUUGUGGGAAUGACUGCAUACUCCGACACGCUGCAGCCGCCAUGAAGUCCAUCACCACAGAUGGAAAAGACUCCAAGCAGAUAGAAAGGGGCAAGCCCAAAAACACCACAAAUAAAUCGGCACAUAAGAGGGGUUCUGGCACUGAAAGGAGAUUCUCUAACCAAGCUGACAAGAAGGAAUCUGAGGAAGAUGAGGAUGGAAAUGAUGAAGAUAAGCAUGCAGAGGAGCAUCCGCCUCCACCAGCCAUGUCAUCCUGGUCCAGUGACCAUAAUUACAUUGCAGUAACGCCAGAAAAGGCUACACCCUUAUCAGCAUCUGUGUUAGACAAAGCGUCAGCUGCCCAAAAAGACAAAGAAAAGGAAGAUGAUGAAGAAGUAAAACCACAGAAGGAAACUUCUUCUGCUGACAAGAAAGCUCCUGCUUUAAAUGUCGCUCCCAAAGGUGGGAAGAAGUCUCCUGGCUCAAAACGCAAAGGACCUGCUGCCACCUCUUCUCCUACCAAAGGCAAAACAAGUACACCACCUUUGAGCAGUGCCAGAGACUUGAGGAACCAGCCCCCAAUUCAAGGCAAAUUGAACAAAUCCAAGAAGCCAGGAACUCCACCACAACCAAUUCCAGUCUUAUUGCCGUCAGCCCCUCCUGGAUCUCGGCUCCAUGCCUCUGGAGCUCUCAGAGUGGGCAAAAGCACCUUUACUAUACCCAAAAAGCAACCACAGACUGGGCCAAAGGAAUCUGCAGAGGCUGGUCCCUCUCCAGUUUCUAGAACCCCACCCUCACCAAUGUCAUCCACUCAGUCCAUCCAUCACCCAGUGUCUAAACCAACCCAACCACCACCACCCGCUGUUCCACCACAGCCACACCCCAACAAUCAGAUGAGGUCCAACAUUAGACGGUCACUGACUGAUAUCCUGUACAAAAGGGUGAGUGACAGUGAUGAUCUGUCCAUGUCUGAGAACGAAUUGGGAAAGUUGGCAGUCAGCAUUGAGAAAGAGAUGUUUAACCUUUAUCUUAACACUGAUAACAAGUACAAGAACAAAUACAGGUCCCUUAUGUUCAACCUGAAGGACCCAAAAAACAAGGGCCUUUUCUAUCGUGUGGUUGGUAGUGAGAUCAGUCCUUUCAGGCUGGUAAGGUUGACUCCAGGAGAACUUAUUUCCAAGGAGAUGUCAGAUUGGAGAAAUACUGAGAUCUCUGAGGAUAUGGAUGUGAGUGGGAGAUCCCAGCCAGGACAGCCCAAAACUGGAUCCAGACAAGAAGGUGCACACCAAGAUGUAGACAUGGAGGAAGCUCCUCCAAUGUCUGAUGGAGAUGUAUGUAUGCCUGCCACUUCCCAAUCUCCCUGCUUGGCUUCUGCUGCUGAUCCCCAGGAGGACACAUGGCCUACUUCUGCACCACAAGCCUCAAUCUCUACUGGGAAGGGCAGUGCAAUGCCAGAAAUCUUCAGUAGUAUGCUGAAAGACACUACAGCAGAGCACAGGGCUCAUCUGUUUGACCUAAACUGCAAGAUCUGUACAGGUCAGAAGUCUGCUGAUGAUGAUGAUGAUGAUGAACCACCGUCCAAAAAAAACAAAAUGUCUGUCCCUAAAAAGCCAGAGCCACCUAUUAAAUCUAAACCAGAGCCAAGGCCCUCUAAAGCUCCAGCUGUAGAACCUUCCCAAGUCUCAUCUUAUCCUUAUGCUGAGUUGGCUGUACUUGAUACUAGGACUGUGACUGAAAAUCCAAGCAGUGUCAUGCCAGUUAUCCAGGCCCCAGUCACUGCAGCUGUACCAGCAGUCUCCUCCGUUACAAUAACACGAAGGGAUCCUCGAACUGCAGGUCACCGGUCAUCUCUGCCUGUGUCUCAGACUGGUCCUGAUAUUAGUGUUCCUACAAUGCCAGCCGUUAUCCCUAUUUUGGAGCCUGCGGUUGUUGAAACAAAGAGUCCAUUGCCUAUGCCCCCUCCUGUCCCAGCAUCUGUAUCCAGACCUGUGAUGCAAAAACCAGGCUCUUCACAAGAUGUCCGGCACUACAGGUCCAAUUCUGCCAGCAGUGCAUCACAACCCCCUCCUGAGGGUGAAACAGCUUUGUUCUUGUCUGGUCAGGAGAUGAUGUGGAAAGGGCUCAUAAACAUGCACACUGUUGCCAAGUUCGUCACGCAAGCCUACAUGGUUUCUGGAUCAUUCAAACAUAUUAAGGAGGACUUGCCUGACACCAUUCAUAUUGGCGGAAGAAUAUCACCACAGACUGUUUGGGAUUAUGUGGGAAAGCUGAAGACUUCACUGUCAAAAGAACUCUGUCUCAUUCGUUUUCAUCCAGCGACUGAAGAGGAGGUGGCGGCGUAUGUGUCUCUGUUUUCUUAUUUCAGUAGCCGUAAGCGGUUUGGGGUAGUGGCUAACAGUAACAAGCGCAUUAAAGACCUCUACCUUAUACCUCUGAGCUCAAAAGACCCAUUGCCUGCAAAGCUCCUACCUUUUGAUGGACCAGGACUGGAGCCAGCUCGUCCCAAUCUCCUCUUGGGGUUGUUGAUUUGCCAGAAAGACAAGAAGCGUCCUGGAACCCCUCUAGAGAAGGAGGAAAAACGUUCUAAAACUCUAAGGGAUGUUGAAACAGGCCUUCCAAAGCCAUCCAUUGUUGGUAAAUUUGAAAUUAAACAGGACAAAGGUCUUCGAACUAGUCUUGAUGCCAUUAGCACAACUCCCCCAGUCAUCCCACUACCCCUCAAUGCCUCUUUGGCUUCAAGUUCUGUUGCAGCUUCUGUGUUUUCCAUCCUCUCCUCUGUGAAAACAUCUGGCAUCACCACUAGCACUGGCAAUAAUUCUCCAUCAUCCAAAGUCACUGCAGUCUCUUCCACACCGCUUCAGACCAUCCUGAAAACACUUUUUGGUAAGAAGAAACAAGAUUCUGAUGUCUCAUUGUCACCUUCAGACCAAAGUGCUGGAGAUGUCUCUGUGCCUUCUGUGUCUCUGCUAGGCCCAAUUGUACAGCAGUUUGCAAUAAGCAAGAGUAAAGAGGUAGAUGUACAGGAUGACCAACCGUAUGAUCCUGAGGCAGAAUAUGACCCAACUGUUUGCUAUGGUACAGAAAAAAUGCACGAUACAACAAAGGUGUCUGCAGGAAUUAAGCCAGCAGGGGUCUCCUCUGUUGUGGUGAAUGACAUUGCUUAUGACCCUGAGGAUGACUCUAUUUUUGAUGAUGUUGUGGUAGAUCCAGGUGCUAAGAAAUUAACUGAGCAACAGAAAGUGCUUGAAGACAACAAACAAAUUGCGGAACAGGAACAACAGUUAGAGAGGCAUGAGGAAUUAAUUCAUCAACAAAUACCAGAGACUUUGAUUUCUCAGCCAUCUCUAUUGGCUAACAGUCAGUUGUUGCAGCUUGGUAAAAAGGUUGAGGAAUUAGUGGCAAAUAGUUCAGCUGCUCCGGUUGUUAACCAGAGAAGAGACCCAAGGCAGAGUAGAGACCCUAGACAGGCAGCUGUAAAUAGAAGACAGAUGUCUGAUUCUAUGGAGAAAGAGGAGCAAUCUCCUGUUACUACAGACAAAUCUCCACAGCAAGUUGCAGUGAUGGAGACAACAUCAUCACAAGCCUGCACAACCACUGACUCUCUAACAACACAGCUGGAAAAUACUGUUGAUACACCAGCAGGACCACCUCCUAUAACCACAGACACGCCCCUAUCACAAGUCACUGCUGCUUUGGAUUCUCAAUCUGUGCAGCCUGCCAUUCUGAAACCAGAAGCAUCCAAGCCUGAAGAGGAGAGCAAAAGUGAAGUGGUGCCUUUACUCAAAACAGAGACCAAUAUUUCAGAGAGUACAGAGGUCUCUAUUCCAUUAUUAGGAGAGAAGAUCGACCCAGAGUUAGUAGAAUGCUAUAUGGAAAAUGAACCUGAGGAGGAACCCAAAAUGAGCGAUGAUCCCACUGAAUCUGAAAGUAAAAGUUUUGAGGAGGUUUGGCCUAAUUCUGCAAGUAUUUUAAAACCUGAUGAAGUUUCAUCCAGUGCACAGCCAAUUGAGUCCACUGCAACCACAUAUUACAAUAUUUCAACAAUCAGUACCUCAUCAUCUGCAUCUAUACACUCAAUGAUGCAACAAUAUAUCAUCCAGGAUGAGUCAUCUUAUAUGGAUUCUCACAGUUCCCAUAUAAAACACAUAAUGACAACAAAACCUCCUGACGUUCGAUCCCCAAUGUCCUUUCCUCCCCCUAUUGGGCCUUCACCCAUUCUUGGUCCACCUCCAUUGCAAGGCCCACCACCAAUGACUGUCCCACUACCCAUGCAUCUCCCUCCUCCAGUGUCAGGGGCACCACCAAUGCCAGUUGCCCCAAUGCAAGGUCCACCUUCAACUCUCGGUGGAAAUGAUCCCACCAAGUAUUCACCACCUGGAUCAUAUUCGCCUUAUCAGAAUCAGUGGGGGAGUGGUUCUCAGUAUGAUGUUCCAAGAGGUCCAGCCCCCCCUAAUUUUACACCAAGAGGACCACCUCCAUUCCAACCAAUUGGUCAGAGAGGUCCUCCUCCUCAGAUAUUUGAUAAUUCUAUGAAUUCAGUGCACCCUCAGCAUGUCAGACUAAGAGGCCCACCACCAGGGCCUCCACCACCCGGACCACCCCCUCCCAACUUUGAUGGACAAAGAUUUAAUGCGCCUCCACCUGCUUUUAACUUCUCUGGACCUAGAGGCCCACCUCUAUCAUUCCCAGGCCCCCCUUCAAAUCACUUUGAUAAUAGAGCCCCACCACCAUCCCACUUCCCAGUUCCAAGAGGACCGCCUCCACCUCAUAACAGUGGGGACCAUAGACUGCCAUCUAAUAUGUCAAGAGUACCUGGUACAUAUAACAAUGCUGGAAGCUCAUUUCAUCAGGGAAUAGAACAACCCCAAAUACACUCACAAGGGCCUCCUUUUAGGGGUCCACCACCAAACCACUUUGAAGGACGAAAAGGACCCCCUGGUCCUACAGGAGAUAUGUCGGGACAGAGAUUUACACCUCCAAACCAGUUUCAUGGUUCACCUCAACACAGAGGGUCAUUUGAGGAACCACGGGGGAAUUCGUCUCAAGACUUUGAAAGGCACUGUGGACCAUCAGUGCAGCAGUUUGGAGGUCCAAGAGGUCCUCCACCAGGACAUUUUAAUAAGGAAGCUGUCAGCCAGCCAGCACAAUAUAGUUAUAAUGAUGAUAACCCAAGUGAUAUUAGGCGUGUUCGUGGGCCUCUGCUUCCAACACCUCCUGAUGGUCCCAUCCCAGUACAGGGCCGUCUAGGUGGACACAGUCCAGACAACUACCUUGAUGACCAUUGGAGGCGGCACUCCCCUGAAAUGAGGCGGCGAAGCUGCUCCACCAGAGAUAGUUCAGAGCCUCACAACCGUCCAAGUAGAUUUGAUGGUGGGUCACAUGACAGAGAUGGCCCCUCUCGAUUGUUUGAAGAGAGGCAGCGUGAUUUGUCUGAAGACAGAAGCAGAGAGAGAGAUCGAGAAGCUGCACAUGGUGGGAGAUCAUUGGGAUGGAACAGGGAACAUGAGUGGGACAGAGGCAGAGAAAGGGAUCGUGAAAGAGAACAGAGCAGAGAAAGAGAGCGGGGUCGCAGCCGGGAAAGGGAAAAAGAGCAUAGCAGAGAGAGAGAUCGCAGUAGGGGCCGAGAGUCUGAGCGACACAGAGAUGGAGAUGGCGACAAGAGGAGAGACCGGGAUCGAGACAGAGACAGAGGCAGGGAGAGAGACCAGGAUAGAAAAGACCAUGAUCGAGAAAGAGCCAAGAACAGAGACCGUGACCGAGAUCGAGACAGCAGGGACAGAAGAAGAGAACGCUCAAGGAGUCGUGAACGAGAACGUGGAAAAGACCGUGACAGAAGAGAUAGGGGAAGAGGCCGUGACAAAGAGAGAAGGAAGGAGAAAAACACAGACAGACGGGACAGGAGCAGGAGCAAAGAAAAAAAUGAUUACAAAAGAGAAAGAUCUGACAACACAAGGGCUAAGUCUACAGACUCUGAAACUGCAUCAUAAAAGUCAACAAUCUCAGAAGGACAUGUUUCUGAUUUUUAUUUUAUUUUUUUCUUCUAAAUUUGUGUGGAUUUGAAAGUUGUGCUCGAAACUCCCUUUUUGUACUCUUCUUGCUUAAUAUUUUAUCCUUUUUAAAUUGAAAGUAAUUAAUGUUGCUAACAUCUUUAGGUGUACUUGUGUGAUAAUUUUGACAGCACAAAAUACACUCACCUGUACUGCUAUUUUACAAAAAGGAAGUGAAAAUGUUAUUACCAAUACAUGUAAAUAUGUAUGUAUUUGUGUAUAUACCAGUACGUUUUAACUACUUUGUUUUUCUAAAUAGAGAAAUCGUAAGCCAUAUAGGUUUAAAAAAUAUAUGGAAAAGAAUAUUGUCUUCAGAAGAAGAAAGUCUAUGUAUGGUUAAAGCUUAACCAGCAUUUAAUGAAUGUGUCCAUAGGCAUCCUGAACCCACUCCAGAUUGUGAUCAAAUAAAUCCUCUCUGUGAUUAUAAUGAAUAUCUUUGUGCAUAAUUUUUUUCUUUUGUCUUGGAUAUUCUGUAUAAAAUACUAGUUUCAUACUGUGUCUAUAAUAGCAUAGAACAUUUUAUAAAUUGUCAACAAUACUUUUUUGGAUUAAAAGAAAUAGCUGUUUAAAUGGUUUAACAAUUUAAAGGAAUAUUUUACCCAAAAAUGAAAAUAAACUCAUUAUUUA